UCCAGCCCUCCCAGACAGCAGGAUGACACUGUGGAAUGGCUCCUUCCCCUUCUACCCUGGCACCAAUGCGUGCUUCCCCUUCGACACCACCCAGGCUGUCAUCAUCUCCAUCUUCCUCUCCACGUUGGCCACUUUCAUCAUCAUCCUGCCGGGGAUCCGGGGCAGAGAGCGGCUCUUCUGGUUCCUGUGGGUAGUGAUGGGCCUCUUUGUGGGAGCCGUGAUCAUCACCAUACAGUUCACCAGGGACUGGGAGACUGGCUGGGUGACAGCGAACACCUCCUACAAGUCCUUCAGCCAUGCCCUGGUGAAUGUGGAUGUUGGGCUGCACAUUGGCCUGGCGGGGGUGAAUAUCACACUGGUGGGAAACCCAGUGAAUCAGGUCAAUGAGACCAUCAGCUACAAUGAGCACUUUGCUUGGAGCUUUGAUGCAGACUAUGACCACAGCUACAGCAAAGGGCUGGAGAGGGGGCUGCCCAGCCCCAUCCUCUACGUGGCAGAGAAGUUCACCACGCAAAGCCCCUGCAACAUGCACAGGCCAUACCACACCUCUGGCCACUACGCAUCCCUCGUGUUGUGGCUGGCCUUUUGCACAUGGCUCAUUUCCAUCCUGUUGUUCUCCAUGCCCAUCCUGCUCUAUGGUGGAUACCUGCUCCUGCUCACUGCUGUGCUGAUGCUCUUCUCGCUGCUCUUCUUCACUGCAAGGAGCACCCCAAAGUGCCCCAUCCAGUUUGGCCCAGCUUCCUUGAAAACAGACUAUGGUGGAUCCUUUUGGCUGACAUUAGCAACAGGGCUACUGUGUCUGCUGCUGGGGCUGGCCAUCAUCAUCCUGAACUCUGUGCAGCCAGAGAAGCUGAAGCUUGUAUUUAACCUGGGCAAGGGAGAAGAAGAGGAGGUGUGGGACAAGUCCUACCUGCCAGCUGAGCCCAGUUCCUCUGCGCAGGACAUGCUGAUGGUCCCCCUGGGUGAGCUUUGUGAGGUGACAGCCACCCAGCUGUAA